UCGAAUGUUAUGGAAAUCGAUGGUGUUGCUUUCCACUUAUAAAUAAAUAAAUGAUUGAAAUCAAAGCCAAAUUGUUGCGUGCCGACUCGGCCAUUUAUGCAACUGGGGAAAGAGUUGAAUGCCUAAUUGAGUUCACCCACAAGGUAUUUCCGGAUGAGCAGGGUUCAACGAAAAACCGAAAUGCCAACGAAGCAAGCCAGGAAAAUCUUGCGUGGGCCUCGGCGCAGCUCCAUUGCUACCGGAAAACGAGCUACACCACCUCCUCGACGGACAGAACCGCCGAACUUACGGAGAUGAUCGGGCGCACCGCCCUGGAUGCGGUGACCCAGGCGCCCGGGGAAGUCAUAGUAGCCACCAAGCCGAAGAUCCUGUUUUGCGACCUGCGCCUGCAGCCCGGAGAGACCAAGAUUUAUUUUUUCAAUGAAUUCGUGCCCCGCGAUGGUCCACCCACUUACAGAGGUCACGAUAUUCGCUAUUUCUACAAGAUCACCAUAGCUACGCAGCGUGUCAAGUCUAAGGUGCAGACGCUGACUGUGCCCAUACGAGUCCUGCCGAUUCCGGUCAUCGCUCGGCCUGAUGAGCUGCCCGUGACUGUCGAAACUAAUGAAGAACUGGCGCCCACAAAUCCCUUCCUGGAGAAACGGGAAAUCAGUGAGCUGGAGAUCUCCUGGCACCAUCUAAAAAAUGUAACCGCCCGUCGGGCGCCCAAGUUCUAUCGCAUUUCCAACAAGCGCGGAUUCGUGGGCCGUUUCUGCUUAUUUAAGCAAGCAUACAAACUGGGUGAAGACAUUGUGGGCAGCCUGGACUUCAGUCAGUGCCAAGUGCGCUGCGUCCAGUUCUCGGUAAAGCUGCAGCAGCAGGAACUGCCCCUCCGCCCGCAGCCAGUUCAGAGUCAGAGCCACCACCUGCAAUCCCAAUCCUCUGUCGGGGAUGACGUCUCCUCGAUUAACUCCUUUGACAUGGCCAGCAUAGCCAGCGGAGUGGUAGCUGAUAAUCUGCAUAAGUCGGCCACGUCAGGUAGCGCACGGGAUAAAGAGUCGUCGGCACCAACGGGCAAACUGAUGACCAUCUCAACAACUCACCAAGUGUGCUAUGCCACGCUCCAAACGCAGGUAGUGGUGCCCAUCCCACUGCACGUGACUCCCACUUUCCGCACGGAUCUCGUUGAUGUGCGGUGGCGAUUGCAUUUUGAGUUCGUCACUACCACGAUGAUGGACUUUGGCAGACCGAACCCGGAAUCCGGGGAGCUGAAGGCCCCAUCCGAGAUGCCGGUAGAGACGAUGGUGUGGAAUCUUCCUGUGACCAUAUAUGCGGCCAACCCACUACAGAUAUACGCACCCAACCAGACAUUUAGUCUUCUCAUCAAGUAAUUGCCAAGCACAUUCCUUUCGCAAUUUGAAAAAAGUGUCAAAAUUGAAGUUA